GAGCGUCUUACCUCCCACUAAUCGUCAGCUGCAGGUCCAGCAUCCCCUCAUACUCCUCUACCUCCCGACCUGGUAAUACCUCCGACUUUACUUGAAUUCUCAGUUUCUUUCACUUUGUCAUCAACGAAACGAGUAACCUUAGCAUCAGCGAGACAUCAUGGCAGGGUCUAAGGGUUGGUUCAAUCUCGAGACAGCAGGAGCUGGCGUCCCCGAGACGCAAUUCUUCGAGGGCGAUUCGGCAUUUUCGAAGCUUGGGCUUACGCGCACGCAGAGGUUGUAUGGGUUUGCGGGGUGUUUCGGUGUAGGGUUCUUGUUGAGUAUCCUCGGCACGGUGUUUCUGUUUCUCGGGGCUUUGACGACUUUCGCAUGUGCGUGUUUCAUCGUAGAUCUGGGGGGUAUUAUGAUGAUGACAGGGGCCUCUUUUCGUGCAGUUCUUUAUGCCAUUGGAACGGUCGUUUCGCUCAUUGGGACAGGUUUCUUGAUUGGGUUCUUCAAGCAGGUCAAGAUGAUGUUCAAGCCUGUCCGAGUGGUCGCAACUAUCCUAUUUCUUGUCUCGAUAGGUCUCAUAUUUGUGGGAGCGUUUGUUCUCAAUAGUGGAAUCCUAUGCAUCAUCUUCGUCAUUAUCGAGUACCUCGCCUUCCUGUGGUAUACGCUGUCGUACAUUCCAUAUGCGCGCAGCGCUGUGCUCAAAGUCUUUGGAAUGUCAUGAGCAUGGGAAUCGUGGAAACUUGCCCAAAACGGUUGACAAGUAACUCAGGACCAUGUCCAUGCCGUGACAUGUAUGUGCAUCGAAGACUUGGGAACGAAUAAAUUACGGCGGACAUGUAUUUGGUACGACUUAUUUGUUGCACUUUCUCUUACGACUUGCUCGGAAAUCUACUUCU